AUGUCUCUCCUGACUUUAGAAGAUGCCAUUAUCGCAAAGACAAUGCUAGAAAGACAUGCCAAGAGUCGUGAUGUUCAGAAAGCUACAAGAGAUGAGGUCACAGGAAUGAGAAAGCCGAGAAUUAGUGAUGUCAACAACCUGAAGUAUAGCUUUACUCGUGGUGAGGGUGUCAGCAACCUUGGUGAAGAAAGAUUAAAGGGCUUUCCUAUUGCAUUCGCGCAGGUUUUCGAUGAGACAGAGACUAGCUAUGCUUGGUUUGUAAAGUCGUUGAAAUCAAUCGUGUUGGAAAGAAUCGAGGACUGCCCUACCUUUGUUACAGAAAAGUGCAAGACAUUAAUUAAUGCUCUUGAUUCUGAGCCCCCUGUGAACAAAAAGCUUCUCUGUGGCUGGCACAUGAUAAACAACAUUGCCAAGAUGGCAAAGAAGACUAUGAAGGCAGGCGAAGACAGGAAUACGUGCACCAACUUGAUCAACGGCAUGAAGCUUGGAGACAAUGCUGACAAUGACAAAGUGAAAAGUUUUGAGGAGUACUUUGAGAAAGAGUGGAUGAGUUUCAAAGAGAAAUGGGCUGGCUACCUCACCAGUAAGUUAAAGAACUUUGACUGUGUGACGGUACAGCGUGUUGAGAGUGACCACCGUGCCUUGAAAAGGAGUAUCUCGACUCUCCAGUCUUUGGACUCUUCGUUUGAGAAAAUAUGUUUAUAUCUCUUGCAACUCGAGGGUGACUACCAAGAUAGUAGACUGGACAAGGAGUUGGUGAUCGACGCAAGAAUCCUUGGUGACAAGCGCCUUUGUGAAUUGGUCAAUUCGGUUUCCAGAAUAGCAUUGUUCACGAUUCACAUCAAAUUUGAAGAAGCUACCGUUGUUGAAGUAUGUUACUGCAGUGAAAACAAUGUUUGGUCUCCCUUGCCGCCAUACUCUGCCAAGACAUCAGGCCCUCACGCUUACACAUAUUCCUUAAAGACGGGUUCUCUCUUCUGUCCUGUCAUUCCAUAUUAA